AUGAAGCAAAAGAAAAAAAAAUAUACUUCUCAAGAAAUAAAAAACGAACAAGAAGAAGAAGAGCAAGAUGAAAAGGCAGAAAAUAAAAUUGAAGAAAUUAAAAACAAAGAUGAUGACGAAAUAAUAACAGAUAUAAAUAAAAAUAACAAACAAAAAAUAAACAAGCUUCAACAAAAUAACGAUGAUGCAAAGAAAAACUUAAGUAAUUUAUUGAGCUUAUAUAAUUCGAGUGAAGAUGAGGAAGAAGAAAACAAAAAUUCCAAAAAUAAUCAAUAUGAUGAUGAAAUAUGUGACGAUAAAAUAUGUGAUGAUAAAAUAUGUGACGAUAAAAUAUGUGACGAUAAAAUAUGUGACGAUAAAAUAUGUGACGAUAAAAUAUGUGACAAUAAAAUAUGUGACAAUAAAAUAUGUGACAAUAAAACUUGUGAUGAUAAUAAUAUUAACUAUACAUAUCAAAAUAAUGAAUCAACGUCUAUUAUAAAAAACAAAAAGAAUAUAAAUGAUAAAAAAAUUGGUUGUAAACAAAAUACAUCUAAUAAUUUAUGUCCUAUAAAUAAUAUAAAUAAUGAUAUAAAUAUAUAUCCUCAAAAUCAAUACAAUCAUAUAUAUACCAACCAACCUAAUAUUAGUCAUAAUAUGCAUAAUACUUAUUACUCACAAAAUACAUAUCAAAAUGAGAACUAUUAUUAUCAAUAUUUAAAUUACCCUCAUCCGGCUAAUUUUAAUAUGAUGAUGAAUAGUAUAAAUCCGGUAUCAUAUAAUAAUAAUAAUAAUAAUAAUUAUAUAUAUAUAAAUAAUAAAUCAAAAAAAAAUAAUUUUAAUAAUUUAGGGUUUUCUAAAAAUAAAGAAAUGAAUAUAGAUAUUAAUAAAAUCCCUGUUGUUGAUCAGAGAGAAAUUUUAAGUGAAUGGAAACCAAAUAUAAUACAAGAAGAAAAAAAAAGUCAAAAAUAUACCAUAAAAACAAAGGUAUAUAAUCCAGUUAAUAAUACUUUUGAUAAAGCAAUAAUUCAUGGAAAAAAUCAAAAAAGAAAACAUCAAAUUAAUUGGCUAGCCAAAGAAGCAGUCGAAAAGGAAUAUGAAAUUUUGCAAAAGACAAACAACAAUAAAAGAAGAACAACAAGUGAAAAAUAUGGAUGGUAA